GCGGGGAAGAGGAGGAGCUGUCUGGCGCAUGCGCAGUAUGUGUAGCUGGGGAAUUCUUGUGGAGGUCAGAGUAGAAGCAGGUGUGAGUGGGUCCAGCAGAAGGAGACAUGGCUGCCAAAGUGUUUGAAUCCAUUGGCAAGUUUGGCCUGGCCUUAGCUGUUGCGGGAGGCGUGGUGAACUCUGCCUUGUAUAAUGUGGAUGCUGGGCACCGAGCUGUCAUCUUUGACCGGUUCCGUGGAGUGCAGGACAUCGUGGUAGGGGAAGGGACCCACUUUCUCAUUCCUUGGGUACAGAAACCAAUUAUCUUCGACUGCCGCUCUCGACCACGCAAUGUGCCAGUAAUCACUGGUAGCAAAGAUUUACAGAAUGUCAACAUCACCCUGCGUAUCCUUUUCCGUCCGGUUGCGAGCCAGCUUCCCCGCAUCUUCACCAGCAUUGGAGAGGACUAUGACGAGCGCGUGCUGCCGUCCAUCACUACGGAGAUCCUCAAGUCAGUGGUGGCUCGCUUUGACGCCGGAGAACUCAUCACCCAGAGAGAGCUGGUCUCCAGACAGGUGAGCGACGACCUUACGGAGCGAGCCGCCACCUUCGGGCUCAUCCUGGAUGACGUGUCCUUGACGCAUCUGACCUUCGGGAAGGAGUUCACAGAAGCGGUAGAAGCCAAACAGGUGGCCCAGCAGGAAGCGGAGAGGGCCAGAUUUGUGGUGGAAAAGGCUGAGCAACAGAAGAAGGCAGCCAUCAUCUCUGCUGAGGGCGAUUCCAAAGCCGCCGAGCUGAUCGCCAACUCGCUGGCUACCGCGGGCGAUGGCCUGAUCGAGCUGCGCAAACUGGAAGCCGCAGAGGACAUCGCGUACCAGCUCUCCCGCUCUCGGAACAUCACCUACCUGCCGGCCGGGCAGUCGGUGCUUCUGCAGCUGCCCCAGUGAGGCCGGCCUGCCUGCCCCUCCGCGGGCCGUCUGGGCCGCAGCCCGAGGAUGAGCGCCGCCUUCCUCUGCCCCCACCCCAGAAUCACUGUGACAUUUCAUGAUUGGCUAAAAGUGAAGGAAAUAAAAGUAAAAUCACUUCAGAUCUCUA